AUGUCAUCACCUCACGAAACACAGCUUCUGCAAGUACUCGCAGACACUCAAUCAUCUGCAGAUGGACCCCGCAGACAAGCAGAACAUUACCUACACACCGCGCAAAAUGAUCCAGCUUUUCCCUCUACACUCGCAUUAAUUGCUUCGCAUGGAACGGUCGCUUCUGAGGUUCGACAGGCUGCUCUGCUAAACUUAAAAAACUUUGUGACCAGAAACUGGACCGGAGUGGAUGACAAUGGCAUGCCCAGUGUUCAAAUCGAGGAGGGCGCAAAGGGAGAGAUUAGAGCACGAAUGUUGGAGCUCGCGACGAGUGAUGUAGAUACAAGAAGGAUUAAGCGUGCAGCUAGCAUGGUAGUUAGCAAAAUCGCCAACGUCGAUUAUCCAGAUGAAUGGCCUGAUCUCCUCCCUACGAUUCUACACAAUAUUCAAACCGGCACAGAUUUACAAUUACAUGGAUCAUUGAGAGUAUUGGGAGAUUUGGUUGAAGAGAGUCUGACUGAAGACCAGUUCUUCUCAGUCGCACGAGAUAUUGUCAAUACAGUGUACGGUGUAGUAAUCAAUGAUGCGCGCAAAGGAAAUUUACGAGCGUUGGCGGUAUCCAUUUUCCGGGGCACAUUCGACAUUAUGGAUAUGGUCAAGGAUGAACAUGGAACAGAGGUUAGAGCCUUUGCAGAGGAGGUUCUGGAAUCUUGGUCGCCAUACUUCUUGGCUAUCAUGAAGCAAACUUUGCCUGUACGACCAAGAGAAGGAGAAGAGGAUGGACCCGUCGGUGAACAAUGGCGUGGAGUAAUUGCGUUAAAGACGCAAGUUGUAAAGACUUUGGUGAAGAUUCGCUCGGUUUUCCCAAAAUUGCUACUUCCACAAAGUCCGGUUUUGUUCAGCGCUACAUGGGAGGAACUAGUAAUUGUACAAAGUGCACAUCAGGGGAUGUAUAUCGAUAAUGAUAUGCAAGGUCGUAUGGAGGAUGCGGACAAUUUACCGUAUACUUUGGAUUUUUUGGUAUUGGAGGAAGUCGACUUUUUGGUUUCAUGCUUGAAAGCUCCACCGGUACAAAAAGAACUCGAGGCUCAAUUACAAGCAAAUGCUAGUGUGGCCACUACACCUUGGGUUAUUGAUAUCAUGAAGCUUGCUGUAAGCUAUGCGCAAAUUCCAAGGGAAGAGGAAGAGUUAUGGGAUAUUGAUGUCAAUUUGUUCUUGGCCGAGGAAACGUCCGUUACCACACAAUACACACUUAGAAUGGCUUGUGGAGACCUCAUAGUCAAACUUGGCGAGUGGUUAUCUCAAGGUGCUUUGGAAGGUUUAUUGGCACACUGCCAAAUGAUAUUCUCCUCGGAUGCUGCGACAUGGAAAAUCAGAGAGGCAGUAUUAUACCUCACUACGCAGCUGAGCAACGAUUUCUUGGAUGUCGGAAAUGACAUUACCCCUGAGAUGUCCGGAUCUUUCUUACCUUUUAUCGACUAUUCUAUCAACAGAAAAGAAGAGCCUUUAUUGCGAGCCAGAGGCUUUUUGGUUGCUGGUAUUCUUGUACAAAAUAUACCAGACGUUGCUCUUGGAUUACUUGACCGCACGAUUAGAGCUGUCAACUCGGAUGACGACGAAGUUGUCAAAGUCUCUUGUAUCAAAUCUCUACAGGGCUUCGUCGACGCUCAUAAUGUACCUGCUGAUCAACAAAUGACAAUAAUUGCUUCCUUAUCCGAAUUUCUUUACUCAAAAGAUCUUACGGAGCUCGAAACUGCAGAUGAUCUUCUUGUUACCUUGGUUGAAUCUUUAAGAAGUGUGGUUCUGAUGGAUACAAGAAUCACACUUUCCAAUGAAUCGGGAGCUUUGGAUCUUUUGUUCGUUAUUGCCAAGCAUGGAGCCUCAAAUUUUCAAUUGACUACAUUGGUCAUUGAUACGUUUGAGGAUAUUGUUACAUCGUUUGCUGGUGGAGAAUUAUUCGCAGCUUUGUGUACUAAAGUACUUCCUUCUUUGACGGGUGCAUUUGAUGUGGGAGCUAUGACUGAUGAUGAUCCUUUGAUAGAGCUUGCCGCAGACUUACUUGAACUCCUCACCGAGAAUGGAUCAGAGCCACUUCCCCCUGGAUUUGUUGCAGCAGUACUACCUAAGUUGAAUCGACUUUUGAUGACCACAACUGAAGGUGGAAUUUUACGACCAGGUGUUCAGGCAGUCAAGUUCAUGCUUAUGCAUGAUCACCAACAAGUCUUCGCUUGGCAUGAUGAGAGUAACAGGUCGGGUCUGGAAGUAUGUCUCAUCAUUAUUGAUAGAUUACUUGGUCCUACUUUGGAAGAUAAUGCAGCAUCGAAAGUUGGAGGCCUCGCAGCUGAACUCGUAGAGAAAGCUGGUCAGGAACGCCUUGGCCCUUAUUUGGAACAACUUUUAAAAGCUGUUGCGACACGCCUAGUUACUGCUGAAGCUGCUCCUUUCAUUCAAUCUUUGAUCUUAGUCUUUGCUCGCUUAUCUUUGAUUGGAGCACUUGAUGUUGUUGAGUUCUUGAACCAGAUUCAGAUUGACGGUCAAAGUGGCUUGCAAGUUGUUUUAAGUAAAUGGUUGGAACAUUCGGUCAAUUUUGCAGGAUAUGAUGAAAUUAGACAAAAUGUCAUCGCACUUUCCAAAAUUUUCAGUCUCAACGAUCAACGGGUUGCUCAGACGAUGGUCAAGGGUGAAUUGAUCAUCCCGACCAGCAAUCGUAUCAUGACUCGAUCCAUGGCCAGGCUUAACCCCGACCAAUAUACCAUCAUUCCGGCAUCCUUGAAAAUCGUCAAAGUCCUCAUUGAAGAACUUUUAUCCGCAUCCGGAAUUCAGAAUGCAUCUACUGCCGCUGCGGCAGCGGACUUUGAGGAUGAAGAGGGUGAUCGUGAUUCUUGGGAAGAAGUACCAAAUGUUUUGGAUUUGGGAUUAUCAGCUACAAAGGCAGAUUUGAUGGCAUUUGGUGAGGGGAAAGGUAGUUUUGGGCGUGAAAGAGAUGAUGAGACGCAAGUUUAUCUUAUGGAAUUUUUCAUCAAGGCAGGAAGGGAAAAUUUGGGUGGGUUUAAUGAAUUGUAUAAUGUGUUGACGAAUGAGGAGAAGGUUAAGUUGCAGGAGUUGGCUCAGGGAGCUUGA